GGUGCUGUACUGCUGGGGGUGGUGGUGGAUGGGGGUGGUGUCACUGCUGUUUCCUGUGUCAUCGACUCACAAGUCCCUCACAGAGGAAACCAGACCACCGCGCUUCUUCACGCUGACAGUCAGCGGUGAUAGCGAUCAGAGCAUGACUGACACAGGAUUUCGCAGUCACUCCACAAGCAGCGGCUCCAUGUCGGAGCUCUCCUCCUCCAGCUCAACCAUGUCGGCUCUGAUCCAGUUCAAGCUCGGCCUGUACACGGAGAUGGUUCGUGUCUCGGUCGGCAACCUGAGCUACCAGCAUGCCCAGAGGCUGGCUGCUGAGGUCAUCCAGCGCAAGGCUCCAGAUUGCAGAGUGGUGGGCGUCGGGGAGAAGAUCCUCUUGUUCAGACAUCAGCCCGCCUCUAAGCAGAUGCUUCACCGGCUGACAGCCGACGAUGAGCUGCAGGACGGAGACCUGAUCGAGGUCAUCAUUUCAGGAUUGGCGUCGGUCACAGAGGUGAAGAUCCGCCCUCACUCUCUAGCUGUGCACUCGUACCGCUCCCCCACUUUCUGCCACCACUGUGGGGAGAUGCUGUGGGGUCUGGUCCGGCAGGGCCUGAAGUGUGACGGUUGUGGAUUAGACUUCCAUAAACGCUGCGCUUUGCAGUUACCCAACGACUGCAGCCGAGCUCGCCGCCAAGUUAGCUCCAGCCUCUCGCUGUUCCCGCCGCGGCGGUCCCAAACGCACUCACUGUCCUAUCAGGCCGGAGGCAGUCUGGAGGAGAUCAGCAUGUCCAAGCCCUCCUCCAGGCCUCCGUCGUGGGCGGAGCCUCCAGUCUGGCUGGGAGUGGGAUUAGGAGACAAAACCAGAGCGCAGGUCCCUCACACCUUCUACAUCCACAGUUACACCAAACCCACCAUGUGCCAGUACUGCCACCGGCUGCUCAAGGGGCUCUUCAGGCAGGGCAUGCAGUGCUCAGACUGCAGGUUUAACUGCCAUCGGCGCUGCGUGCCGUUAGUCCCCAGAGACUGUCCUGUUGAGAGGAGAGGCGACGGUUACGAACCUGUAACAGGCAGUCGGAGCUCCACCCCCAACCCGGAAGACAUCGAGUCCGAGUUAGAUACCACGUCUCUGGAUAUGUCAGAUGACGAGAUAUUCACAGACUUCGACCUGCUGGCUGAGAUCAACGAGGCGGAGAAGCUUCGAGAACCCAUGAGCCCGUGCUUCAGCAGCAACAUCCCGCUGAUGAGGCUCGUCCAGUCGGUGCAUCACACCAAGCGGAGGCCCGCCGGAGCGCUGAGAGAAGGCUGGCUGCUGCACCACACCAACACAGACGCUCUGAGGAAACGACAUUAUUGGAUCUUGGACUGGAAGAGCAUCACUCUGUACCAGAAUGAGACCAGCACUAAAUACUACAAAGAGAUUCCUCUGUCUGAGGUGCUGCAGGUUCGAGGCCCAUCCCAGCUGUCCGUGCCAGUGUUGCCAGGCGACGAGGCGCACUCCUUCGAGCUGCUGACGGCCUCGCUGGUGUUCUGCGUUCAGGCCGGAGUGGAGGCGGCGUCCUGGGAGAGCGCCAUCUGUCAGGCCCUGAUGCCGAUGCAGAGCAGCAGAGGACGGGCGGAGCAAGAGCAGCAAGUGUUUAGCGUCCUGGUUCCAGAUCAAGAUAGAGGAGACAGCGACGCGGACAUCAGCUCAGUCUAUCAGAUCUUUACUGACGACGUUCUGGGUUCUGGACAGUUUGGAGUGGUCUACAAAGGCACUCACAGGAAGUCGGGUCGAGCGGUCGCCAUAAAGGUCAUCGAUAAAAUCCGCUUCCCCACCAAAGUGGAGAGGCAGCUGAGGAACGAAGUGGCCAUCCUGCAGAAACUGUCCCAUCCCGGCGUGGUUCUGUUGGAGGGGAUGUUUGAAACCGCAGAGCACGUCUUCGUGGUCAUGGAGAAGCUCCACGGAGACAUGCUAGAGAUGAUUCUCUCCAGCGAGAAGGGCCGACUCCCCGAGCGCAUCACUCGCUUCCUGGUCAUGCAGAUCCUGGAGGCCCUGCGGUACCUGCACCUGAAGCACGUGGCUCACUGCGACCUGAAGCCGGAGAACGUGCUGCUGGCCUCCGCAGACUCCUUCCCGCAGGUGAAGCUGUGUGACUUCGGCUUCGCCCGCAUCAUCGGGGAGAAGUCCUUCCGGCGCUCGGUGGUGGGAACGCCGGCCUACCUGGCGCCCGAGGUGAUCAGCAGCAACGGCUACAACCGCUCCCUGGACAUGUGGUCCGUGGGUGUGAUCAUAUACGUCAGCCUGAGCGGCACCUUCCCCUUCAACGAGGACGAAGACAUCCGGCAGCAGAUCACCAACGCGGCCUUCAUGUACCCCCGCCAGCCCUGGUCCUCCAUCUCACUGGAAGCUGUGAGCCUCAUCAACAACCUGCUGCAGGUCUCUGUGAAGCGCAGGUUCACUGUGGGGAAAGCUCUGGGACACUCCUGGCUCCAGGACUUCCAGCUGUGGUGCGACCUCAGGCAGUUCGAGCUGCGUCUGGGCUGCAGGUAUCUGACCCACCAGGGAGAUGAUGACCGCUGGACGUCCUACACUCAGCAGAGUGGGCUGAGCUUCCCUCCCUCCUGAGGCAACAGGUCAGGCGCCGUUCCUCAGCCCGGAGCCAAAGCUACACUUCACCUGGAGAACAUUUAAAAAUAAAACCCACCACACAGACAACUGUUGUUUAAAUAUAUGACUUUCCUUUUUUAUUGAAAUGGUAAGUGAAAGUCCAUCGCUGGACAGACUGAACUGAGGAUGAGGAGAACGGAGCAAUAAAAAGGCCUAAAAACGCGCAGCAGAGUCGACUCGCACUGAUUCGUUUAUUUGUUUAUUUUUUUGUCGUUUUCUGCUCUUGUUCCACAUACAGCAUCAAUUAUUUUUGUCACAACUUUCCUGACGCCUCGCUUAUCUUCAUCUCUCCUCCUCCUCCUCCUCCCCACGUUUAACUCACAAGAGAAACUUCGUUCUUCUCUUCCAUGUCACCAUCAGGCCAUCUUUGUGUUUUACCCACAGUGCUCUGCUCUCUGCCUGCAUCUCCAGCGCAUUCGUUUGUUUUUAGUUUUUCUUGCCUUCAUUUCCUCCAUGUGUUCCUGAGUUUCUUAAGGCUUUUUUUCUGCAGCCUUUUUGUGGGGUUCAGUCAGUGACGGCAUUUCUAUCCUUUAACAUAGCAUGCAUCUGCACAAAAACUGACCAACCAGCUUUUUUAUCCUUGAAUUACCCUUCUACAAAAAAAUAUAAUAAAA